AAUAAUAGAGAGUAAAUAUAUAAUUCAACAUCUCCGAUGAAUUAUAAUUAAUUAAUCUUGUUAAGGAAUUUCCUUUGUUAAAAACGGAAAAAGGAAAACUGGAGUCGGCAUGUGGUAUGCGGAGAUCAUUGGUAUAUUGUACAACAAAUAUGUUCAGGUAGUGAAUUAUAUAAUUUGACGAAUUAAUUAAAAGCCAAACCUGAAUAUGAAAACUAUAUAGCAAACAAAAACGCAAAAAGGAAAUUCUAGCGGUUUAUAUUUCCUUUUCCUAGUAAGAAAACAAAUUCACUCUCUCUAACAAAAGUAGUAUAAAUAUAGGUCAUUACUCACCUUCACAGAUUCAAAUAUUCAAUCCAACAAAGCAUCCUAACACUCGAACAUCUCCAAAAGAUUAGUUUCAGUAUAAUGGUAAUGUCCGAUAAUAGUCCGUUCUCCAUGUCGACCAUGUUCAAUGCUUUACAACAAAUCCACCUUUUAAAUACGCGCUUAAAACGGCUCUUUAACUUAAUGACUAGUUGUGAAGGCGUGGGACAGUUUAAGGAUCUGAUCUCAACGUUUGACCAAAGUCAGCUUCAGAUGAUGGCGUCAAUGCUGACGUCAGACUCCGAGUACUUCAUGGAGGUCGUCAGUAACAAGUACGGGUCGAGACGCGUGCAGAAGCUCCUCGGAGUAUCAGUUGACGUGGACGCGUUCUUCUACGAUGCUAUCUUGCAACGCUUCUUCGACAUCAUGACUGAUAAGUACGCAUCCUACGUGGCGACUCGAGCUGUGGUCGUUUUCGACCAGGUGAAGAAACACGUAAUGUACAAGCACGUUCUCCACUACGCGCUCGACAUAGCGCGUAACCAACACGGCUGCAUCGCGCUUAACGAGGUCAUAAUCGAUACGGAUGAUCCUUUAUACAGGAACCGGCUACUAGACGUAGUCGCGCGCAACGCUCUCUUCCUAAGCAACGAUCCUUCGGGGAACUUUGUGGUGCAACACGUGCUUAAACUGUAUGACUUGCGCUGCACGCACAACGUGGCGGUUAGUCUUCGUGGCCACUGCGUUGAUCUGUCGUUUAAGAAGUACGGAAGCUACAUCGUGGAGAAGCUCUUGGAGGCUGAGGUGUCGAUUGAUGUGGUGGUUGUGGAGCUUUUGAAGUGCGGUGGAAAUAGGUUGAUGAGGCUGGCGAGGAGUGAGUUUGGGAAUUUCGUGGUGCUCAAGGCACUGAAAGUCACGCAGGAGAUGAAUAGGGUUGAUUUGUUUUGGGAUCUGGUGCAGAAGCUGAUGCCUCUUCGCCACCUUUUGCUUAGGUCUCACGGAAGCAACAUUGCAAACAUCUUGGAGUCAUGUUCCAUGGCUAAUAGGUGUUCCAAUUAAAAGUUUUCGAUUGUGUUAUGGUUGAUUAUAGAAUUCUGGUUUAAAGUAGAUUGUGAUUUUUUGUGCAAGGAUCCUGAUUUAAUUCAAAAAAUAGAUUUUUCUCAGUAAAA